GGGGUACCAUCCCAUCCCAUGCUGGGAGCAUCCAGCUGCGCUCCCCCGCCCUGGUGGCAUGGCCGGAGGUCACCUCUGUCCCCUGCACUGUCCCCGCCGCGGACUCAGGCACUCUCUUGCAGCGCUCCUAAACCUCAUCUCAACGCGGGGUGCGGAUGUCAAACCCCUCCUUGCAGGGGCUGAGGGAGGCUCCGUGGGUGCCGGGCCCCCUCUGCCGGCUCCGGGGAAGCCUGCAAGCCCCGCUGCCCGCCCUGAGUGCCACCCUUGGGUGCCAGCAGGAGAAGGGCUGCGGGGACAUGGGGCACCGGGAUUCUCCUAUGGAAUGUGGUUGGUGUGUUGCAUGGGGACACCCCUCUGCUUGUGUCCUUGUGUGCCAGGGAACGCUGGCCGUUUUGGGGUCACCCUACAGCAUGAAGAGUGGCUGGUGUGGGGCUGUGUUGAAGAAAUUUGGGUGGUUAACCGGCUGUGGAGGGAACACUGGUACUUUUCUAGGCAUUGGUAGGAUGAGGGGUAAUGGCUUCAAGUUGCCAGUGUAUCAGGGGGGGUGUCAGGACAGAUGUUAGGGAAAAUGUAUUAUCUGAAACUGUGGUGAUGCAGUGGCACAGGAAGGUGGUGGAGUCACCGUCCCUGGAGAUGUUAAGAACUGCGGGGAUGUGGCACUGAGGGACGUGGUGGGGAUGGGCUGAUGGUCAUACUAGGUGAACUCAGUGGUCUUGUCCAACCUUAACGAUCCUAUGAUUCUGUGAAGGCCCAGGGUCCAGCCUCAUUCCCCAGCCAUGCUGCUGCUCUCACUGCUCCUCAAGGCUGCCCUGCUGCGACUGGUCAACUCCUACCACCCCUUCUACAACGGCUUCUAUUACAACCACGUCAUGAAUGAUGAUGAUAACGGGCACGAGAAAGUGAUUGAUUUCAAUGGGGUCAGGCUGGUGGUGGAGACCUCCAAAGACCCCAUCUAUAGCUUCAGCGGUGCUAAUGUCACCCUGCCUUGCCACUACCACCACGAGCCCGAAUCUGAGGCCAAGCACAAGAUCCGCAUCAAGUGGUCCAAGCUGCGAGAUGACUACACCAAGGAGCAGGACGUGCUGGUGGCCAUUGGCAAAACCUACAUGGCUUUUGGGGACUUCCGAGGCCGCGCUCACCUCCACCGGACCGGACAGCGCGAAGCCUCGCUGCUCAUCAGCGAUGUGCGCCUGCAGGAUGAUGGCAAAUACCGCUGUGAAGUCAUCGAGGGGCUGGAGGAUGCCAGUGAUGUGGUGGAGCUUCGGCUGCGAGGCAUCGUGUUCCCCUACCAACCACCCCGCGGGCAGUACAGCCUCAACUUCCAUGAAGCCGAGCGAGUGUGCCAGGAGCAGGGUGCCCUCAUCGCCACCUUCCACCAGCUCUUCCAGGCCUGGAGCGAGGGGCUGGACUGGUGCAACGCGGGCUGGCUGGCCGAUGGCACUGUGCAUUACCCCAUCCGCCUGCCCCGCAAACCCUGCGGCGGGGUGCACCUCGCCCCGGGCAUCCGCAGCUACGGCCCCCGCCACCGGCACCUGCACCGCUUUGAUGUCUUCUGCUUCUCCUCCACACUCCGAGGUGAGGUUUUCUACCUGGAACACCCAACCAGAAUGACGCUGGAGGAAGCCAAGCAGGCGUGCCUGGACACUGGCGCAGAGAUUGCCAAAGUGGGACACCUCUACUCUGCAUGGAAGUUCCACGGGUUGGACCGCUGCGAUGCUGGCUGGCUGGCGGAUGGCAGUGUCCGCUACCCCAUCGCCAAGCCCCGUGCCAACUGCGGCCCCGCAGAGCCCGGCGUGCGCAGCUUUGGCUUCCCCAGCAAGGGCAGGUUUGGAGUCUUCUGCUACAAGGAGAGAUAAAGAACGAGGAGGGUUCCUGCCCGGCCUGAGGAUGUUCCCAUCCCAACGGUGCCUGGCCUUGGGUGUACCCAGGGCUGUUUUGGGAGUGACUGGGUAGGGGGAAACUUCUUUGGUUUGAAUUCUUCUUCCUUUAUGUUUUACACUUUCUGAAUGCAGCAGGAGGCUGGGCUGGAGCAUCCUGCUCUAGAGCAGGGGACUGGCUCCAUAUGGGCUACAUGCAAGGACGAUGGCCCCUCUCCGUCCAUCCUAGUUCCGUGUCCCUGACUGCAUGGGACCAGGGCAUGGAGUAGGCAUCUCCCCUACAGCCCAGCCCCGCUGCAUCCCAUCCCUGCUGCAGUCUCGUCCCAUCCCACUGAAGGAUGCUGCUGUGCCUGUCCCCGUGGUGGUGCUUGUGCCUUAUAUCCAUGCACCCCACGCCCGGACCCCGUUUGAACUCUGGUGCCUUCUUCUUUCAAGUGUUUUGUUAUGAAAAAGAUGAUGUAUUUUCCUGGACCUCUUCUAAAUAAAUCAGUGGAGAAAGCCCUGGAGCAAUGUGGCAGUGUCCCCACUUCUGUCUCAGUGCGAGAAAUGGAGAGAAGUUGGGGUCCCCCACCAAGACACCCAGGGACGUGCAUGGAGCAGUGAGGAAUGUGCCAUGCACGCCUCAUCCUUGGCUGAGCCGCCUCA